CUCUGCUUCUCCUCCCCUUGUCCUGAUCCGGGGUGCGCUACCCUCCCCGCCUCCUCUCCCCGGGAAAUAUACUGGUCGGCUGCUGUCGCAGCCCCAGCCCCUCCCACGGAGCCGCAGCCCUGCUCGUCCCGCCCGGCCGCAGCUGCCGCAGUCAUGGCUGCUGAGGGAACAGACGAACGCUCGCCUCUGCUGUCUGCCCCCCAUUCGGGAAACGUCACUCCCACCGCCCCUCAGUACUUGCAAGAAAGCAGCCCCCGAGCAGAACUCCCCCCUCCAUACACCACCACCGCCUGUCCAGAUACUGGUGGCAUUCCAGUGAUAAACUGUCGUGUGUGCCAAUCACUCAUCGACUUGGAUGGCAAACUUCACCAGCAUGUGGUUAAGUGCACAGUUUGCAAUGAAGCUACACCAAUCAAAAAUCCCCCAACAGGGAAAAAAUAUGUCAGAUGCCCUUGUAAUUGUCUCCUCAUUUGUAAGGACACAUCUCGGCGAAUAGGCUGUCCGAGACCCAACUGUAGACGCAUAAUUAACCUUGGCCCAGUAAUGCUUAUUUCUGAAGAACAACCAGCUCAACCUGCAUUGCCAAUCCAACCAGAAGGUACAAGGGUUGUGUGUGGACACUGUGGAAACACAUUCCUGUGGAUGGAACUGCGGUUCAACACUCUGGCAAAAUGCCCACACUGCAAAAAUAUUUCCUCAGUGGGUACUGCUCUUCCACAGAGACGCUGCUGUGCAUAUAUUACCAUUGGAAUGAUCUGUAUUUUCAUUGGAGUUGGAUUAACUGUUGCCACCCAAGAUUUUGCAAGGCGAUUUCAUGCAACCUAUGUUUCAUGGGCAAUUGCUUAUCUCUUAGGCUUGAUCUGCCUCAUCCGAGCUUGUUAUUGGGGAGCCAUAAGAGUGAGUUAUCCAGAACACAGUUUUGCAUAAGCUUGCUUACAAGUAAGCAAUGCAGGCGAGAGUAUCUAGCAUUUGUUGAUAACUUGCCCUGGACAUUUUUAAAUCAUUUAUCCUAAUGAAUUCCAUUCUGGUUCAUGUAUGAAGUGUUAAGACUUUGGGAGUCUUUUAUGAAUAAAAGGUCAUUGCACUGCAUCAUAUGCAAAUAAUAGUUUGCCUUGCUGCUAGGUGUUCAAGCUCCAAGUAAUAAAGUCCAUUUCCUCAUGUUUACAUGUCUUAAAGAUAUUUUUGGACUUGUCAUCAAGCAUUAGAUCUAACAUCACCUUUCAUUUUCAAAUCAGUUAUUCCAUUACUUGCUGAUCUGUGAGUAUUACCAAGAAAUGUUUAUAAAUGUUUCUACAAUAGCUUUACAUUUAUACUUACAUUUUAAUUAAACUAUCAAAAUUGCCUGCUUCAAAAUGUAAGCAAUAUGUAUUUUGCUUGAACAGCUUAUUAUAACUUUAACCUAAAAUCAUAGUGACCUUAUUUGGGAAAAGACUUUGACUGUACCUUCAGAGACUUGACAUUGACAUUCUUGUCAGUUAAAAACCAUUUUUACAUAUUGUAUGCUUGUUUUUUGUUGUUUGUAGAAAGAUAUACUAUUUUGGUAGUAAUUUAAAAUACAAGAAUGAAAAUAUUUAUUUGUCCACAGUUGAAUAUGUUGGAUAAAUUUUUUUUCCACAAAGAUCACAGCACUUUUGUCUUUUAUUUUUGUCUGUUGUUCUAUUUACCAAUUAUAAAAGUUCUGGUUUAGAUUUAUGAAUUUAAUCGGCUGUAUAUAUUUCUUUACAGAGCCUGGAGGAAGUAUUUUACACAACAUGUUUUAUAAUACAUAACCAUUUAAACAAAGAUAUAUUUACAUUUGGGUUGACUGCCUCUUUAUUAAAUCAUAGUAAAUUUUUCUUAUUGAGAUAAUUGUGGACUACUUAUAUGUGAAGGGAGCCUGUGAAAUUUUUCACUAGCUAAAACGUUGAGAUUAAAGGUAGUUACUCUUAUGAUUCUUCUCAAAUCUAACUGGUCAGAUAAUUAUAAAUUUAUUCAUAAAAAAUAAAGACCAAAAUCAAUGUAGUUUUCAAAGAAUUCAAUAAGAUUUAAGGAAUCAUAUUUUCCACUGCCUAUCUUUGCAGUUUUGAGAAAGAAAUUGCUUAGUUGAAAAACUAUGUUCUAAAACCUUUAAUGUAGAAUUAAAAAAUGAGAUGAUCUAAGUACAUUAAUUGGCUAUUCCAGAGAUAAAAACAGUAUUUCAAUUUAUGUUCCUGAUUUGUAUAAAAAUGUAAUCAUUACAGAGUUUGCGGUAAAAUACAUGUAAACUUUAAAGAGUAAAUAAUAACUAAUUAUGAGUAAAUGAGGUAGCUCAGGAUUUUAUGUACCUUUGAAAAUAUACUAAUAAAGCUUAUUGUUUAAAACUCAUCUUGUUAUAUUCCAUUUUAAAAAAAUAAGAUGUAAUUUACAAAAUUGCCUUGAGAUCUUAUUCUGAAGUUUUCAUGUUUGAGAACAUGUAUUUCUUUAUAUAAUAUUUACUUAUUUUUCUAGUGUUUCCAUGAUUUUAUUUUAAAAAUAUAGAUUUUAUAUCUAUUUGUAAUAUACUUUAUGUAAGGUAUGAAAUAAAAAUCUAAUUUAUUUUUUUCUUAAUGGUUAACUAGUAACAGCAUUAUAUGUUCAAUAAUCCAUUCUUUUCCUAUUAAUUUGAAAUCCCAUGUUAAAUUAAAGGGUGGGGCCAAAGUUGGUUCACAGCUGUUUGUAUGGAGAAUAAUAUAAUAAUUAAUAAAUAAUAAUACAAAAAUAAACUCUGCUUUAUGUACUCACAACUAUAAAUCUACUUUGGCCCCACUCUUUACAUGCUACAUGAUUGUAUUCCUUGUGGAGUAUAACUCCAUCAUAGCAGGAACUUUGGUGAUCUUGCUCACUGUUUUAUUGCUAACAUUUAUAACAGUGCCGAAUGUACAUGGGCUCAAUAGACAUUUGUUGCAUCAAUAAAUAAAUCAUUGAAUGAA